AUAGAUUUUUUGAGCUGUUUUUUAUCCUCUUGAUUUGAUGCGAUUGAAUGCCCGUGCUUUGUAAAUGUGGUGAAUCAUACAUUCGAAACUCUUCCUUCUAUUUUCGCUGAAACUACUUUCGAAAAAGUGCCUUCCGUAUUGUUGACAUGUCCGAUCCAAGGUUACGACAGCUUAGCAUUAAAACCGGUGUCGUGAAGCGCCUGUCGAAGGAGAAAACCGUUUAUGAAAAGGAAGUUGAAACCCAGCGGAAUCGCAUCGAUAAGUUGAAGGCAAGCGGAUCCGAUGACCACGAUAUUCGAAAGCAGGAGGAAGUUCUGCAGGAAUCACUGAUGAUGGUUCCGGACUGUCAGCGAAGGUUAGCAAAAGCGUAUGAAGAGUUGAGUGAAAUGCUGAAGAACGAAGAGGAAUUGAAGGAGUGUGAACAAUAUACUGCGGCCGUGGCCGUGUUGGAGGACGCUAAAGUGAAUCUACCACAGUAUCAGUCCUAAUGCUGUGACAAGAAAGCACAUUUUCGACUAGAAUAUAAUACAACUACUGAACAAUAUUUUACAAUAACCUUAAAGAUAUCGCCCUGCAUAAUCCAAAUUGCAUUUAAA